GUUGAAACUUUGCAGAUAAAGUUUUAUGAGAUACUACACAUCCAGAAUAUACAUGGACAUGGUGAUAUAUGGAAAGCAUGAAAGAAUAAUGAGACACGUGGUCUGACCUGUGAAGGUAUAACCGCAUCCCUUCACGAAGGAGUAUGUAAAUUAGCUACCGAGCUUAGCUGUGGUUUGACAGGCUACUUGUCAGUGGGUACUAUAGCAACGGUAUAUUGAUUGACAGCUAAAGCGAGUUGAGGCCACGAGAUUUCAAUACAACAGUCAUAAGAGUGAAGUUGUGUUGAGUGCAUGGAGUUAACAAUUUUUGCAGUAUUAUAUGUCAUCUGACAGAUAACUGGAUUUUACUUCUAAACAUUUUGCAGCAAACUUUCACUCAGGGAUUUUAGGAGCGAAACUACGUCCUGACAAUAAGUUACCAACUCUGUACGGAAUAAAAACAUUGGAUGGCGCAUCAAAGAGGGUUUGACGGGAAUGAACUUCCACACUACCCAGGGAUGGACAGCCAUAUGCAAUCUUACGGAGCAGACGCUCACACUAGGAGUAUGCACGACAUCCGGAACUUGGCCGGAACCGGGAGCGUUGACCCAUCGGCCGGCCCAUUACACCACUACCCGGGAAGCUAUGGGCCAAAUAUGGGCAACAAUAUGGGCUCAAAUGCACCCGUAGACAACCAGUUAAAGAGAGACAAAGAUUCAUGCUACGGGCAUCCACUAUUUCCUCUGCUAGCUUUGAUAUUUGAAAAAUGUGAGCUAGCAACUUGUACCCCCAGAGAUCCCGGGGUAGCAGGGGGUGAUGUUUGCUCUUCAGAAAGUUUUAAUGAGGACAUACAAGUAUUUUCAAAACAGGCUCAAAGUGAAGGGAGACCUCUAGCAACCUCUGAUCAAGAACUAGAUAGUCUGAUGAUUCAAGCCAUUCAAGUUUUACGUUUCCAUUUGCUUGAGCUAGAGAAGGUGCAUGAAUUAUGUGAUAAUUUCUGCCACCGUUACAUAAGCUGCUUGAAAGGAAAGAUGCCUAUUGAUCUGGUCAUUGAUGACAGGGAUGGUGCGAAUCCUACCCACAUGGGUAAAUCAUCAAUCAGCGAGGAUGAUGUCACAACCCCUACAGCACAGAGACCUCCAUCUCUUAACUUCCCAACUACAGAAGGUGGUCGGGACGAAACACAGUCUAACCAUUCAGGUGAAAACACACCGGGUCCCCACAGCCAAUCAAAUUCAGGAAUAAUAGAUAAUGGUAGUGAAACAGGCGAUAUGCUAGGCACAGAAAGUAUAGGUUCGGGGGACUUAACAGGGGACGACGAUGAUGAUGGCGAUUCAACAAGUUCAAAGCGCAAUAAGAAACGUGGGAUCUUCCCGAAAGUUGCUACGAAUAUUCUCCGAGCGUGGCUGUUCCAACAUCUUUCACAUCCUUACCCAUCUGAAGAACAGAAGAAACAGUUAGCACAAGAUACAGGCCUCACUAUUUUACAAGUAAACAAUUGGUUCAUAAAUGCUAGGAGGCGGAUAGUACAACCUAUGAUUGACCAAUCAAAUCGUGCAGGUCCCAGUGCAUAUAGUCCUGAUGGUGCGGGUAUGGGGUAUAUGGAAAAUCAACAAAUGGCACACAUGAGACCACCAGGUAUGGGAAUGGGUGAUAUGUACGGAGGAAGCCCCUCAAGUACAUCCUAUUCGCAAAUGUCACAGAUUCGUCCGCCCGUGCACUCUCAAGCCAUGCUCAUUCCCGGCCAUCCUCACCAUAUGAUGAUGGCACAUGGCGGCCCGAUGCACGGCAUGCAUGGACUACAGGCGCAGAGUCCGCCAUUACACGCAGGAAUGGACGGCAUGAGCCAUAUACAGGAUAUACAUGCAGGAUAAGAUUACCAACUAGGCUAGUAGUAUCGAUGUAUAUGUAUAAUAUAAUACACAAGUCAGGUGGUCAGGACCAGCCACCAUCUUGCUGUCCCAUAAUGCAUUGCAUAUGACACAGACGGCUGUGAAUCGGAUCAACUGGCAUUGAAGUAUCUCUACCUGAUUUUUUAAUGACAAAGAAUGAAAUUCUUUUUACAUGAGAGGGUGCCACGUCUGCUUGAUUUUACUAGUAGUUGGGACACAAUGUAAAUAGAUAUGAAUAUAUGGAUAUUUUGUAUCGAGAUACUACUGAGAGUAGAAACUUUAAACGGAAUAUUAUAGACCCAACCAGGAGGCUCACUCCCAUUGUGCUUAGCAAACAGAAGACAUGAUGUCCUACAAUGCAUUGCUGCUGCAGCAGAUGGAGCUGGGGAUCUGCCUGGUUGAAAACAGAGGCCAUCUUUGUAGAAAUGCGAGCUAGUCAAAAAACUAUGAUGACAUCAUAGAGCCACAACUUUACAAGCUAGAGGGGACCAGUAAACAACACUGCAAUCCACCAUAUAGAAAACCUGGGGCCCUCACAUCAAACAACAAUUCCUCGAUGAGUGUUGAAACACAAUUGAUAUUUGAUGUGAUGGCUCCAAUUAAAAUCCCUGCCUGAAUUAUUCUUAAUAUGAUUUGCAGACAAUGUGAAAUCAGUAUUAGUGUGAUAAUACAUAGAUAUUGCAAUAUUUUGCAACCUAUUGUCUUGAAUUGAAUAGCUUGUACCAAUUGAAAUGUAUGUGAAAAUCUAAGUAAAUGAGAAUUUAUUACAGCAUUCGGUUUUAGAAAGUACCACUAGGUGGCAUACUAGUACAGUAACUUGUAUUAAAAUCUUGUGUAUUUCACAAAAAUGUUUAGAUCUAGUAAGCUGUACAUUUUUGCUUCUAAAAAUAAAUAUGACCUCUUUUUAGCUAAAUUAUCAGCUAAAUAAUAGUCAUGCAUGUUGGAUGCACAAUUUAGAACUAAAACUGUCCAGAAUGAUUGUUUAAGAGUUUGAAAAACCUACAUUUCAUUUCAUCAAAAACCAUUGAAAUUUCAUAUUCAUCUUAAGUUCUUGAACAAUCAUGUUGGAUAGCUUUGGUCCAUUUUUGUCAUCAGAAGAUUUCAAUGGUGCUAGAGACUAAUCGAGUGUAUUGCUUUUUAUUAAUAGGGUAAAAUAUAAUGCAUCUCUCUGUGAC